AUGCGAGUCCUCUCAGCAGCUCUGCUGGCCACUAUGGCCUCGACGGCCCUUGCGGUGACCUCAAUCUCUGAUGAUGAGAUGACGGAUUUGUUGAAUGCCGGCGGUGUCGACCUCGCCAACCGAUAUGCUCCGCUCUGGUUCUUCGGCCAGGCCAUGGACCAGCCACCGUGCUACCCGACCUGGGCGUUUGGAGGCUCUCCCACGACGCCGGACACAUACGACCUGGCGCACCAGACGCCUCCCGCGCCGCAGUGCGAGUAUCCGGACGUGGGAUGUAACUGCCGCAAUCCGGGGGUGCCCAUUGGCAAUCCGGGACCGGCGUUCCCAAUCUACUAUACCUACGAGCGAUGCAACGAAACGGAGGUGCGGGUGGUGUACAACCUGUUCUAUCAAAAGGAUGGCGCGGAGGUGGCGGAUCUCAUUGACACGGGCCAUGACUACGACUGGGAGCGCGUCAUCAUCAUCCAUUCGCGGGACGCCAACAACAACUGGGCACCGUCUCGCGCGCUGCUCUCGGCGCACAGCGGCUACCACAACCUGGCGUGGGGAUCGAUCCAGAACACGCUGACGACGGACCAGAUCAACGCGGGCGACGCGCGCGACCCCAACGGGGUGCAGAACCAGGACCACCCCAAGGUGUACGUGUCGUGGUCGAAGCACGCCAACUUCGACACGCGCAACACGGGCUGGAACGACCCGGCCAGCCAGUCGACGGACAAUGCGUUCCGCAGCGACGACUGGUGGUACUACGUGGACCCGAAGUAUUACAUCCGAUCUGAUCGUUCCACGGCGGCUGGGCAGGCUUUAGCAGCUGCCAACUGGGGUGAAGCCACCAGCAACCCUCCAUCCGUGCAGGAUAGUGUGUGUUCUGCUUGGUAG